AUGUUAGAACACUUCGAUUUCCAGUAUUGGGCCUAUGCUGAAGAAUUAUUCAAAGAUAGGACAACCGCAAUCGGAACAAUGAUAGACAGCUAUCUGCAAAAUACUACAGAUCUAGAAGAUCAUGCUAUUCAUCUGUUAUUUUCAGCUAAUAGAUGGGAGAAAAUAGCCUGGAUAAAGGAGCAGAUAUCCAGAGGCUACACUAUAGUUUGUGAUCGAUAUUACUAUUCCGGUAUGGUAUACAGUGCCGCAAAGAAGAAUCCUACACUUUCUCUACAGUGGGCGAGAUCACCUGAUGUUGGACUCCCUCGCCCAGAUCGGGUUCUCUUCUUAGACCUCACAGCUGAGGAGGUGGAGAAGAGGCUUGGUUAUGGCGAAGAGAAGUACGAAAAGCGCGAAUUACAAGAGACGGUCCGAGAAGUAUUUCUUGGCUUACUUGUAAGAGGUGAAGAGGAAUCUACAGACAUGGUAGUGAUAGAUGCCGGUCAUCCUGUUGAAGAAGUUGCAAGCACUCUUUGGAAGGCAGUACAGACUGUUGUCAAAGAGGUAGAGUGUGGCUCUCGAAAAGAACUUGGGACUGUCGGGACGUGGUCACCAACUUUAUAA